UCUUUACAAGUUGAGUCAGAGAUAUUGUUUAUAUGAUAAAGCAUGAGAUCCCAGAGACUGUACACAUUUGAAAGCAGCUGAGAGACUUAUUUUUAAAAUACAAAACCGAGAAUGAUGACAAAGAAAAAAAGAACACUUUAAAAGGCAAGAUACUGAACAGAGCACAUCUUUUCAAGAUGAACAAAUCAGUCAAGGAUCACAUCAUAGAAUCCUUGGAUAACCUGGUGAAAGAUAAGCUGAAUAGAUUUAAAAGCAAGCUAUGUGAAGGGGAAGACAAAUUCCCAAAAGGAAAAGUUGACAAAUAUGAUUCAGCUGAAUUGGUAGACUGCAUGAUUAGCUGCUACGGAGAAACAGGUGCAGCUCAAAAGACAAUUCAGAUACUAGAAGCCAUUAACCAGAGGGAUACAGCUGAAAUGCUGAAGGAGAAGCUACAACAUGAGGCAGCAGCAGCACCAAGGACCGGGGGAGUCGUGGUGGCAACAGGGGUAGGGGCAGUUGGCAGAGAAGUAGUGGCAAAUGUAAGCCCAGCAACAGGGGCAGGCAUAGAAACAGGGACAAGAGCCCCUACAGGGACAGGGGACCCACUAGAGACAGACAUAGAAAUAGGGACAGAGGCCACAACAGAGACAGCCAUAGAAACAUUGACAGGGGUCACAACAAAGACAAGCAUAAAAACAGGGACAGGGGCCACAGCAAAGACAAGCACAGAACCAGGGACAGGGGCCACAACAGAGAAAAGCACAGAAACAAGGGUCUUAGCAUGGUUAGCUAGAUUACCACCAGUAAAAGCCAUAUUCAAAAGGUUAUAUUCAUCAAAAACUGAAGAUACGAGCAAGGACUCAGUUCACACAACCAGACAAGAUACAAGAGAAACCCAUCUAAAAGAUUUGCUGUGCAAACUCGGAUUGGAGAACUGUUACACAAGCAAGAUAUCGCUGAGUACAGUUCUUGAGAUUGGUAAAGCGACCAUUACAGAUGAACCGAUUCAGUCAUUAAAAAAACUCCCUUGGCGCUUUCUGAAAAGACUAAUGAUGGUAAAUGUGACAUCUAGUGUUUCUGAGCUUAUGGGUGACAAGGAUAAUGAUGCAAAAGACAGUAAUCGAAUCAAUCCAUUAGAUAUCAUAACAGCACUCUUUCUGUGCUCAGAUAGCUUCCUGCAGCAGGAAUUGAUGUUAAAAAUGUCGAUGUGCCAGUUUGCUGUACCUCUCUUGCUCCCCGACUGCAGCACUAGCCAAUGUACAUUGAUGCUGUGGGCCAUGCGAGACAUUGUGAAGAAGUUUAGGCCUCAUUCAUUAAUGGACCUAAAUGGGUUUGUAGAAGACAGUAUAGUCAGCACUGCCAUUCCAAUGAUCUCUUUUGUCAGGCUAUGUGACUGCAGUUUAUCAAAGUCUCAGAUUCUGAAUAAGGUGCUCAGCAACCCCCAGCAAUAUCGUGAUUUUUUUAUCCAUUUUGACAUGGAAUGUGGUGACGUUACACGGAGAAUUUCAAACGGUCUAGUUGAAAUAGGUUGGUACCUUCCUUGUGGAAAGAAAACCUUGGACAUCUUUCCAGAACCUGUAGCUGUUGCCAACCUUCGUGGAGAUCUCCUUUCCUUUGAGAAACAGUUUUCCAUUUUAGGUCUUACAUCUUCGGCAGUCUUUAUUUUUUUUGACAGUAUUACAGAGGAGGAGUACACGUUCUUGUCCUCUGGAAUAAAUAUGAAAGCCCAAUUGUUUUUAGUUGCAAACUGCCCAAAGGAGACAGAGAAAAAUGCAAACUCCCCGAAAGACUUAGCAUCAAAGUUCAAAUUAAAUGAAAAUCAUAUUCUUUUUAAGAACAAGCAGAUCAAUGAUUCAAAUUUUGUGAAAAAUCUGCGCUUAACUAUGAAGGACAUUAUUAUAAAAAGUAAACACAAAAUGACAGUAGAAGGCAUGUCUGCUAUAGCAUAUGAAUUGGGGAUCUCUGUAGAUGAAGACUGCACUGAAUGUCAGAAUGCUAAGAAAAAUGCUGCAGAAAUCACAUCUAGAAUCAACGAUGUGGUGCGAUAUAAAGAGGAUCAGUUGCCAUUGCAAGGGAAGCUUUGGAAGGAGCUGACUAAAAUAGAAAAGGAGGAGUGCAGACUGCGGAAGGCAGGAGACCAGCCUAUUGAAGAAUAUAAGACUUAUCUGCAAAGAGAAAAACAGAAACUGCGACAAGAGCAAGUCGGGUGUGAAAUAUCUGAAGUAAUGCUGUGUUUCAUCACUGCCCUAUCCAAUUCGAACAAAGAAGAGCGAUCCUAUUUUCUCAAGUGGAUGAGGAUGAACUUGGAUGUUGCAACCCGAAAAAAACUUUCUGGUCUUUGUGAUGAGUACAAAGAAAGGUGUUGCAAGUUCUCAGAGAACAAAGAGAAAAUUGCAGACCUGGAUAGACAAAUAUCAAACAGCUCUUUAGGAAUUGAACAUUUAAUGCGUGAAAUGGGGCAGCUGUAUGAAGCUGCAUGCUCCCUUCCUUCUAAUAGUGCAUCUUAUCAGCAAUUUCAUCUACUUCCCAGUUUGGGGGCUGGUCUGCUGUUAGACGGUAUUCCUCUUGAACUGGUAGAUGGAGAUACCUCCAAUAUCCCUGUAAAAUGGGUGACUGAUGUUCUAACAGAACUUGACAGGAAAGUCCAACACAAUAGCAGGGUACUGGUUGUAACAGUGAUAGGAGUACAAAGCACUGGGAAGUCUACACUCCUCAACACAAUGUUUGGGGGUCAGUUUGCAGUUAGCAGUGGUAGAUGCACGAGAGGAGCCUUCAUGCUGUUAAUCAGAGUCAAAGAGGAUCUUAGAGAAGAGCUAAACUGUGAUUUUAUCUUGGUAAUCGACACUGAAGGUCUCAAAUCUCCAGCACUGGCACAACUAGAAGACAGCUAUGAACAUGACAAUGAGCUUGCAACACUGGUAGUUGGAUUGAGUGAUGUCACCAUAAUAAACAUCGCAAUGGAGAACUCCACAGAGAUGAAAGAUAUCCUACAGAUCGUGGUGCACGCCUUUCUUAGAAUGGACAAAGUGGGAAAGAAACCAAAGUGUUACUUUGUACACCAGAAUGUGGGGGACGUGUCUGCUCAUGACAAAAACAUGCAGGACAGAAAAAUGCUUUUAGCACAGCUGAAUGAAAUGACAGAGGCAGCUGCAAGAAUGGAGAAGCAGGAUAUUGACAGAAAAUUCACUGAUAUAAUGGAGUAUGAUCUUGAGAAAAAUAACUGGUACAUCCCGGGCCUGUGGCAUGGUAACCUUCCAAUGGCAGCUGUGAACACUGGCUAUAGUGAAGCUGUGUAUGAGUUCAAGAAAAGCUUGAUUGGAGUUUUAAAAAGUUGUAAAGAUCAGAAUCCUGAAAAAAUUACAGAGUUCUUAACAUGGAUGCAAAGUUUGUGGAAAGCUGUUAAAUAUGAGAAUUUCAUCUUCAGCUUCAGAAACAGUCUAGUGGCUGAGGCUUACAGUAAUGUGUGUGUUGCAUAUAAUGAAUGGGAAUGGGCCUUCCAAAAGCACAUGUACAAAUGGCUGGCAAACACUGAGACAAGGAUUUCAAAUACCAAAAAACAGUCCUCAGAACUUGAUGAGUUUCUCAGUAUUUUAAAAGCUGAGGCAUCUGCAGAACUAACAUCUCAAGAAGUGUCAACUCUGGAAAAAUUAGCUAAAUACUAUGAAAGAAAUGAUGGACAUAUUAAUCUUGUAGAAAGGUACAGAGCAACCUUUGAGAGCAGCAUUAAGACUCUCCGAAUUGAAAUUGAAGACUCUUUGGCAACGAAGUGCACAGCAGCUAUUGAUUUUCAAAAACAGAGGAGGAAAGUACAUGAAAUCAAUUUGACACAUAAAUCAAUAUUAGAAGAAAGAGUAUUGCAGCUGAUUAGAGACUGUAGGGAAAGGAAUGUGAUACCUGGUGAGCUGGAAGAAGAAUUUGAAAAGAUGUGGGAAGAGACAGUGAAAGGACUGAACUUUAAAGGUUUACAGAAGCAAGACAUUGAAUCAAGUGUCUUUAAUAUGUUGAGAAAACAAUUAGAAAGGCAUGGAGGUGCAGUUAUGAAGGUGUUAAAUGAAACCAAAAAUUUUAUUAAAGUUGGAAAUACACAGUUUAUUGUAACUGAUGAACACUUUCAUUGUGCAUUGCACCAGAAAUACUUUAGUGAGGAAGCAUAUACAAAGUCACAAUCUGUAAUAGAACAGUGCAGGCAGUUCAUAUCAGACAAACGAGGCAGUAAAACUGACUACCACGAGACCUACACCAGAGAGCUGCUGGAAAUGAUAGAUGUCAAGCUGAAGGAAAUUGAGAAGCUCAAGACCAACGACAAGUUUGAAGUUGCUCUGAAGCUGCACAUCUGUGGGUUUGCUGCCAGGGAAUUCCAAAAGAUGCACGAAGAUUUCUUGAAAGCCAACGACCCCCUGAAACAACUGGAAAAGUCCAAACCACAGUACUGUUCUGACUUCGUAGAUCUUUACCAUGAAAAAGAUCAAUGCAAAAAGAAAGCUGAAAAAUUCACACAGCGCUGCCUUGAACCUGCAGUAAGGGAUUAUAUCUUUAAAACCAUUGGGAUAGAUGUUGCAGAUGAAAUACUGACAGGUGCACACUCCCAGAAAUACAGCACCCGGUCAACUUUUCAGCAUUCCCUUUUGAAGCAAAUGCUGAAUGAAAAGGAUUUCAGAAAAUAUGUGGAUUACAUUAGUGACUAUGAGAAGUGUGUAAAGAAUUGGAUAUUUAAUUAUAUUCUUGAGCUAUUUUCUAAAGAUCAAAUCCUUUCAGAAUUAGAAGUGAAGCGUCUUGAAACAAUAACAAAGAAAAUACGAAAAGCUAUUGAAGAAGAAAAAAAGAAAGAAACCUCAAGAAAUGAAAACGAAAGCAUAUCAGUGUUUAUUGAAAAUGUUUGCAGUAGCCUGAACAGUGAUAUUGUGAUUUCUACAGACAAUCUUGGAUUUCAGUGUGUCAAAGACAAAGAAAACACAAAGGAGUUCAUUGGGCAUCUGGAGUAUUAUGUUGAAAAAAUGAAGACAUCUCUAAGUUCUGAGUUUUCUCAAGUUUGUGAUAUCACCAAGAAACUUAACAGUCUGCCAUUCAAGCCACAGGACGUGCUGUUCAAGAGGGUGUUUGGUUGUGGAAAGCAGUGUCCAUUCUGCAAGGUCCCCUGUGAGGCAGGAGGCAAGGACCACACUGUACACCACGCAUCAGUGCAUCGACCACAAGGGCUGGGGACAUACAGAUAUGUAACCAACAAGAAGCUAACUGAGACUAUAUGUACGUCUGAUGUAUUCAGUGAAAACACAUUUCGGAAUAGUGACACAGAGUGGAAGCCUCAUCCCUAUAAAGACUAUCGGAGAUUUUACCCUGACUGGAACAUUGCUCCCGAUCCCAGUAUUAAAGCCUCUGACUACUGGAAGUACGUGCUGACUACCUUUAAUAACGUAUUUGCAAAAGAGUAUAAUGCAAAGCCUGCUGAUGCCCCUGAAGAAUGGAAAAACAUAACAGAUGAACAAGCACUGGCAAGUUUAAACGAGCUGUUUAACAUUAAAACUUGAGUUGUAAAUGCCAGGCUAAAUCAUUCGAAUGGAAUAAGCAUUGGGAAUGUUGUGAUGCAACAGAAAAGGAAUCCAAGGCUGUAUAUUACCAUAUAUGAUCUGAGGGGACUGGACCCUCUGAUCUCCUUCAUUAAUGAUAGAAAAAAAGUAUAAAUGUUAGCGAAAAAAACUAACUCCAGUGUUUCCUUGUUUCAUCUUUUUUUUUUCUUCUUGAAUGUAAAAACUAUUCCUCAAGGAAUAUCUUUAAAACUGAACACCUGAGAUUGUACUUGUUUUGUACUUGAUUGAGCUCUUGUACCCUUUGAACUAUAUAAGAUUGCAUGUACUAUACUAAAACUCCUUAUACAGUAUCAAAUAUUCUUGGCACGUCUUUGGGUUAAUAUAAAGCUUUAGCCAUAUUAUGCAUGCUGAAUACCAACAUAAGAAAAUACAUUUUGUUUCUUCAGUUUUUGUACCUGAUAUUUUGCAGCCAGGUAAAAUGAACAAGUCGCAUGACUGCCGAGUUGAAAUGAGAAAGGAAGUGAAAAAGUAAGGCAAGGACAAUGAGAACUUUCUUGAACCUAGAGCAGUAACAGAUAUCAUUUUAAGAAUACAUGUGUUAGAAAAUGUGUUUAUUUGAAAACAACAUAUUUGAGACAAAUGGAAGUGCGUGACAGGCAAGUUGUAGAAUUAUUUUAUCAGCUACAAACAGGUGUGGGAGUCUUGAUACUUGUAAUGUGAUUUCUAUGUAAAAUGAAUCAUUAGUCAAUUUUUUUCUCUGCUGCCUGCUUUUGUAACAUUAUGCUUACACUCAUGUUUUCACAUUAUUUCAAAUAUGUUGCAUUGAAAAAUAAAGUUUUGUUAAAUUUCAAACAC